GGGCGGGGCUGGCGCCCUGGGCUACGACUGGAGUGACUGCAAGGAAGGUUCCAGACUCGGCGCGGAGCGCGGGCGGCGUUUUCAUUGCUCGGUGCUGCGGCGGCUCGACCCGCGAACAUGGCGGCGAGCGAGGAGCUACAGAAGGAUCUAGAGGAGGUGAAGACACUGCUUGAAAAGGCCACUAGGAAAAGAGUACGUGAUGCCCUUACAGCAGAGAAAUCCAAGAUUGAAACAGAAAUUAAGAAUAAGAUGCAACAGAAACCACAGAAGAAAGAUCAUCUUGACAGUGACAAGCCAGCUGCCGUGGUGGCUCCCAUGACAACAGGAUACACUGUGAAGAUCAGCAACUAUGGAUGGGAUCAGUCAGAUAAGUUUGUGAAAAUCUACAUUACCUUAACUGGGGUUCAUCAAGUACCCCAUGAGAAUGUGCAGGUGCAUUUUACAGAGAGGUCAUUUGAUCUUUUGGUGAAAAGUCUUAAUGGGAAGAAUUAUUCCAUGAUUGUGAACAAUCUCCUGAAGCCCAUCUCUGUGGAAGGUAGUUCAAAAAAAGUCAAGACUGACACAGUUCUUAUCUUAUGUAAAAAGAAGGUAGAAAACACUCGGUGGGACUACCUGACUCAGGUGGAAAAAGAAUGCAAAGAGAAAGAAAAGCCCUCCUAUGACACAGAGACAGAUCCUAGCGAAGGGCUGAUGAAUGUGCUGAAGAAAAUCUAUGAAGAUGGAGAUGAUGAUAUGAAGCGGACCAUUAAUAAAGCCUGGGUGGAAUCAAGAGAGAAGCAAGCCAAAGGAGACACAGAAUUUUAAGAUUUUAAAGUCGUUUUGGGGGACUGAAAUACUGGUAUUUCCAGUAAGGAAAUGUUGGCGAGCUAUACUAACAACUCUUCCGAGAGUCCUGAGGAAAGGUAACUUAGAACUGGAGGAGUGACUCGUUUAUGCAAAAUAGGCCCGUUAAGCACUGCAAAGUGGUUUCCUUCAAGGAUAAUAUUGCAUUCUCAUGUGAAAGUGCCACAUUGUUUUUGUUCAGCUAAGAGGUAGGAAAUACAUUUUUUGCUUACCUUUAAGUUCCUGAUAUUGACUCCCACCAAUGUAAGAAAAAGUAAAAAAAUAAAAAUCCAAACUUUUGCAUAAAUUGUAAUUUAGCAUCUGCUUGAAGCCUGCUGUAAUAGAAGUAUAUCUCUUCUGCCAGCAGCUAAAGUGAUGUGCACAGUAGUUGCUCUAAUCCAGUCAGAACUGUUUCCCCAACUAAUGUUUCUGAAUAUCACAAUAAUAGACAAACAUCUUUGUGCAGUACAAACUUUUGAUAAUAAGUGGAUGGAUGACUUUCAAGAACUACCAUAAAGCAAAAAAUAAAUGUGGAAAAUACA